CAACUCAGUCUCCUCCCCCCACUCCUCCUCCCUUCCUUGCCUCUCCCUCUGCUCACCCCUCUCCCUCGGGUUUAUUGUUGGGGAGGGAGGGGGUUGCUGUGUUGCUGAGAUGCCGCUGUUCCCGGGGUGGGGCAGGCGCUCAGAAAGGAGCCGGAGCUGGGAAACCGAGAGCAGGGAGUGGACAGCCAGGGCGGAGCGGAGCGGAGCGGCGGGGGAAUGAGUGAACUGACAUCGGCUUUCCGCAGGAGCUUCAGGCGCCUGACCUGGCAUGGACAGAGCCGGAACAGGAGCAGGAGCCUCGGGGCAAGGACACCCCAGAGCACCGAGAGAGCAGGUAUCGAGAGGAGCGUUUCAGUUGAAGAAAAGAAACUGGAGCAAGACUCGGCCCGAUAUCCAGUACAAUUCUUCUUUGAAUACCUAGUGGUUGUUUCUCUGAAGAGCUCUGGAGCAACAUAUGAGCCACAGAUAGCCUACCAGUUUCCAAAGAGGGAGAAUCUGAUUCGUUCACAGAGGGAGGAGGAGGAAAGCUUACUGAAGGCGAUUCCACUGUUUUGUUUUCCAGAUGGCAACACCUGGGCGCCACUCACUGAAUACGAGAGUGAAACCUUCUCCUUUGUCCUGACUAACGUUCAUGGCAGCAGGAAGUUUGGAUAUUGCCGACGCCUCUUGCCACGUGGAGGUGGGCCAAGACUCCCAGAGGUUUUCUGCAUCAUCAGCUGCCUGGGCUGUUUCGGUCUGUUCUCAAAGAUCCUGGACGAGGUUGAGAAGAGGAGGCAGAUCUCCAUGGCGAUGAUUUACCCCUUCAUGCAGGGGCUGCGGGAAGCAGCAUUUCCAGCUCCAGGCAAAACUGUCUCCAUCAAAAGCUUCAUCCCUGAAUCAGGAACAGAGAUCAUCAACCUGACCCGCCCCUCGGACUCCCGCCUUGAACAUGUCAACUUCUCCUCACUCUUCAAUAACUUAUCGGAAGAAAAUGUCAUUGCAGUUUUUGCCUCGUUGUUGCUGGAGAGACGAGUGAUAUUCCUGGCCGAGGAGCUCAGCACCCUGUCUCAGUGUAUCCAUGCUGUAGCUGCCCUUCUGUACCCAUUCACUUGGCAGCACACCUACAUCCCAGUGCUGCCCAAGGUCAUGCUCGACACAGUGUGCUCUCCAACCCCCUUCGUCGUGGGAGUACAGAGACAGUUUCGGGAAGAGCUGAACGAACUGCCAAUUGAAGAGUGUUUAAUGGUGGACUUACAGCCGGGAGUGUUCUUGCAAAAAGUUGGUGAUGAGCAUGAUAUUCUGCCCCACAAGUUGUACAAGGAGCUUCUGAACUCUCUGCAAAGCCAGAGAAAGACUUGUCAGUCCAGCCAGGAGCUAAAUGACAUGGUGACAAACGCCUUUGUGCUGUUCUUUGUUAAAGUCGCCGGACAUUACUCUGAUCACCUGAAGCGAAGCCGGAAUGAAACUACAUUUCAAGAGCGGCCAUUCCGCAAGUCUGUCCCCUCCAAAUCUAUCCGCAGGUUCCUCAAGAGCUUCAUGGCGACGCAGAUGUUCUCACUGUUUGUCCAGGAGUUAGAGGGUCCUUUUUGCUCUCAGGAAGGGUUUUUUGAAAAGAAGAUAAAAGAAUACCGUGAGAACAAAACUAAAGUAAAGUAGGCUACGUUCUAGUAAAGGGAGGAGCUGACGUCAGGAGAACAGUGUAAUACCAACCUGCCACUUCUCACCAAGAAAGACCUAUCAGCACCAGGAGAACACCUCACUUCUUCUUCAGGGUCAAAGGAGGAGGUGGCUACCUCAGCAGCUUGUUUUCAUUGCGAACAACUUAUAAAUUUUGAAUGCUUAUAUUUAAAAGGACUCAUUUCAGAAAGGACUGUUUGGAAAAGGGGAAGUGAUACUCUUUGGUUUGAUUGAAAUGUGUGUUUUCCCUCUUAAACUUUUUUUUUGUGUGUGUGAAUGUGGAUUCAAUGCCAGGCAAAGUUUUCAAAGCUGAGGUAAGGAUGAAGGAAGCUGGAACUGCUCGGCCAGUCAGAGCAGUGCUGGUGGAGAAUGGACCCGGGGUUUACUGUUUCUGAUCUGUCAGAACUCCGGAAAGAUUGAAAAGCAAUACCUUUCACUGCAGUGAAAGGGGGAUGCAGCAAGUUCAAAGGUGAGGGUGUCUGAUUGGGUGAAAGCCAGGGGGAUUAAGAGGAAAAGAUUGUAUGAUGCAGUCGCUGAAGACAGUAGUGAAGGAUGUAGAAUCCAACUGGUGAGUGAAUUGCUGCUGCAUGUUGCAGCUAACCUCCCCGGCCUCCAGCUUAUCACAGCUUCGAAUUUGUUGUUCCUGACCCUUUUCUGCUGACUUCAUGAUUCUUGCAUUUUUAUCUUCAAUAUUACUGAGAAACUAUAUCUGGUCAAACCUCUUCAUUUGCACUCACCAGGACAAUUCAUAAAAAAAAAAGGAAAAAUUAAGGAAAAAAGCAGAAAUUAAGCGAAAAGCAAUCUCUAAUUUGAAAAAAGCUUGGCAGUUAACUAUCAGAAAUUAUUAACUGCUGCAUCCUCCAUGGUAACUUUUCUCUCCCAGUCAGAGUCAACUUAUAAAAUCUGUCUUUUUUUCCCUAGCAGUAAUCAAGUCCUAUAUGACUAAACAACAAACUAUCUAUCUUCAGUUGAAAUGGAAGGACAUCGACCUGAAAUGUUAACUCUGUCUUUCUCCACCGAUGCUGCCUGACUUGCUGAGUACUAGUGUUUAUCUUCUGUGAUUGGGUGGGUCACAGUGUAUCUGUCCCCGACCCCUGUCCGUUUCAUUCCAAGCUAUAGGUUGAAGAUCUGGCUGGAGCUUUUGAGUGGGGAAUCAGCUCUGACUCUGAAACCAGGACAGAAGUUGCUGGAAAAGCUCAGCAAGUCUGGCAGCAUCUGUGGAGAGAAAUCAGAGUUAACGUUUCAGGUCUACUGACCCUUCCUGAGAAUUGUUGUAAGGGUCACUGGACCCAAAAUGUGAACGGAUUUCUCUCCACAGAUGCUGCCAGACCGGCUGAGUUUUUCCAGCAAUUUCUGUUUUUGUUUCUGAUUCCCAGUCUGCCACUGUAACAAUCCGAAUCCACUUGUCAACCAAUCACCUGUCACUGAAAAGAUCUCAGAAGCACUGGUUGGCUGGAAGUGGGUCUGUCAACUCCCCUCUACUGCCCCCACGCUGACCUCUCCCCACAUCUAUGCCCCCCUCCCACACUCCAGUCCUGGCUCCUCCACACUGCCUGUAUCUCCGACUGCCCCCUCUUGAUGAGCGAGUGCUGCAUGCCGGAGAUACUGCCUUUUAGCUGAAACUUUAAACCAGAACUUCACCUGCUCCCUACGGAAGCUUCGAUGGACCUAGUUGAAGAUAUGAAUUUCGCACUAAUGUCCUGACCAAGAACGAUCCCAAAGUCAGCAUCCUAAAAAACAGGAUAAUCUGCUGAUUGUUACAUUGCUGUGAAAUGCUUUGGGGAUAGUUAGGAAGGUUACUAUAUAAAUGCACUCCCAUUCCAGGCGGAGAAUGGGGGACAAGUUGGAAUUUCUCAGCCCUGAGUAUGUUUUGUCCAGUUGAAACUUGCCAAAAUUAUACUGGGCCUCGUGAAACCUUUGUUGCUAUGUCUUUUCCAUUGAUGGUUGUGUAAUUAAAGCAGUGCACUGUAAUGUGACAGAGAUAAUCUUUAAUUAUACACUCACUGGGUUAAGUUGCUGUUUCUGAUCCUACUGUGAAGUAUCAACCAGUGUAGAAAAUCAUGUGACAACAUUGGCUGUACAUAAUCUGUUUUGCAUUGGAAAUGGAGAUUUUAAAUAAAAUAAUUUUAAGUCAAAA